AUGUGGCGUUCGCAUUUACCGCCGGGGUAUUGCGACUAUUGUCCAAUCAACGGUUCGCUGACCGCCGUCGCCAGUCCGUAUGUACCCCCUGGAAUAUAUUUAUUGGAACAAGUAAACCAACUAAAUCCUACCUUCAAAAUCAUCAAACAACCGAAAGCGAAGCCUUAUGGCUUGCGAUUUCACGUGUGUUUUAUAUAUAUUAAAAUAAUAAAGACUGCGUGUAUAUACUGUUAUGUCGAUUUUAUCAGUAAUUCAUUUCUUUCCUUUUUUUAUUUCAAUAGGAAAGAGGGAGGAGGAUGUCAUGGUACAAGAAAAGGACAAGCAGUGACGGUGGCAUGUGACACAUGUACUCACUCUCCAUGCGACAACAGGAAAGAGGGAGGAGGAUGUCAUGGUACAAGAAAAGGACAAGCAGUGACGGUGGCAUGUGACACAUGUACUCACUCUCCAUGCGACAACAGGAAAGAGGGAGGAGGAUGUCAUGGUACAAGAAAAGGACAAGCAGUGACGGUGGCAUGUGACACAUGUACUCACUCUCCAUGCGACAACAGGAAAGAGGGAGGAGGAUGUCAUGGUACAAGAAAAGGACAAGCAGUGACGGUGGCAUGUGACACAUGUACUCACUCUCCAUGCGACAACAGGAAAGAGGGAGGAGGAUGUCAUGGUACAAGAAAAGGACAAGCAGUGACGGUGGCAUGUGACACAUGUACUCACUCUCCAUGCGACAACAGGAAAGAGGGAGGAGGAUGUCAUGGUACAAGAAAAGGACAAGCAGUGACGGUGGCAUGUGACACAUGUACUCACUCUCCAUGCGACAACAGGAAAGAGGGAGGAGGAUGUCAUGGUACAAGAAAAGGACAAGCAGUGACGGUGGCAUGUGACACAUGUACUCACUCUCCAUGCGACAACAGGUAAUUACACAACCACUAUUUUGAUAAAAGUUAUAUGC